AUGGCGGAGGCAAGCCCGCGCUGCAUGAACGCCACCACGCUUGGUUGCCUGGGGACCAUUGCCUUCCUGUAUUUGGCCGUGACCCUCAACGUGAUCGUGCCCCACCUGGGCUACUCGGUGCAUGGCGCCAGCCACCUGCUCAUCUUCACUGCUCUCACCGCCCUGGCAACCGCCACCUACCUGCAGUGCGUGUACUGCGAUCCAGGCACCGUGCCGCCCGACUGGCAGCCGGACCCCGAGCAGCAGGCGGUGGCAGCGGUGUUGCAAGUCAAGCGCAGCGGCGGCGGCAGCCGGUUCUGCAAGAAGUGCCAGGCAUACAAGCCGCCCCGCACGCACCACUGCCGCCGCUGCGGCCGCUGCAUUCUGCGAAUGGACCAUCACUGCGUGUGGGUCAACAACUGCAUCGGCCAUCUCAACUACCGCGCUUUCCUCCUCAUGUGCGCCUACCUGGCAGCCGCCUGCCUGCACGCCCUGGCCCUGCUGCUCAGGAUGGACGCCCAUCUGGUGCAGGUUGCGCUGGGGUGGGACGAGGGCAGCCGGCUGCUGGCGGCAGCGGGCGGCGGCGGCGGCGGCGAAGCCAAGCGGCUCCCCGGCGGCGGCGGCGCUGAGGAGGCGCCGGCUGGCAGCGGCAUGGGCGGCAGGACGGGGUGGGAGGGCGCCUUCUGGCUGCACGGCACUGUGCAGGCGCUGGCCACGGCGCUGGCGCUGCCCGUAUCUGCCGGCCUGGUGGUGCUGCUGGUGUGGAAUGGGGUGCUGUUCCUGCGCAACCAGACCACAAUAGAGUACCACGAAGGGGUGGUGGCGCAAUACAUGGCCUCGGGCGGCGGCGGCAACGGCGGCGGCGGCGGCGGCGGCGGCGGCGGCGGCGGCAGACACCCCUUUGACCUGGGCUGGCACGACAACCUGCACAGCGUGUGCGGCGACAGCACCGCGUGCUGGCUGGUGCCGGGGCGUGCGGCGGCGCAGGGCGACGGCCUUUCCUUCCCCACCCCCUGGCACCUGCAGCAGCAGCGGGAGGCGUGGCGGCGGCGGCCGCGGGGCGCGGGCGCGGAAGGGGAGGAGGCGCUGCUGCUGGCGUCACCGCCGGGACCCCGAUUGCAGCCCCCCUGA